AGGACGGCCGAGUCACCUGACCAGGACACGGGCGGUGCGAUGGCGGCGCCCAUGCUACGCGGGGUCUCCCCUGUGAGGCGCUGGUCUUUAGCAUGGGUGGACGGCGGUUCCAGACACCGAAGAACGUCCCCGAAUGGGUCAACUUCCAAUCGGAUAAGGGAACAGAGCUCAGUGGCCCAGCAGCCCCUCCACACGGCCCAGAAGCCUAGGAAAGGUGGACACAAAUGGGCAGCUGUGGUAGGAUUGGAAAUUCAUGCUCAGAUUUCCUCCAACUCGAAGCUUUUCUCUGGAUCUCAAGUGUCCUUUACAGCACCUCCAAAUUCUUUGGUUUCUUUUUUUGAUGCUUCUCUGCCUGGAACUUUGCCGGUGCUCAACAGGAGGUGCGUCGAAGCGGCAGUGAUGACAGGCCUGGCCCUGAACUGCCGCAUAAAUAAGAAGUCCCUGUUUGACAGGAAGCACUACUUCUACGCGGACCUCCCUGCAGGGUACCAGAUCACCCAGCAGAGGCUCCCGAUUGCUGCCAAUGGGAGCUUGUCGUAUGGAGUGUUUGUGGGGAAUAGGUGGAGUCACAUGGCCACCAAGACGGUGAGGAUCAAGCAGAUCCAGUUGGAGCAAGACAGCGGCAAAAGCCUCCACGACGACCUGAGGUCCCAGACACUCAUUGAUUUGAACAGGGCGGGAGUUGGCCUCCUGGAAGUGGUCAUGGAGCCCGACCUGUCCUGUGGAGAAGAGGCGGCCGCAGUCGUCAAGGAGCUGCAGCUGAUCCUCCAAGCCCUGGGGACCAGCCAGGCAAACAUGGCAGAGGGCCAGCUGAGAGUGGAUGCAAAUAUAUCCGUGCAUCACCCUGGGGAGCCGCUGGGCAUCCGAACCGAAGUGAAGAAUCUCAACAGCAUCAGGUUCCUGGCCAGAGCCAUAGACCAUGAAAUUCAGAGGCAAAUCAAUGAACUUGAGAGCGGAGGUGAAAUUCUGAAUGAAACUCGCUCCUUUGACCCCAAGCUGGGGUGCACCGUGCCAAUGAGGGACAAGGAAGGAAAGCAGGACUACAGGUUUAUGCCAGAGCCCAACCUGCCUCCCCUGGUGCUCUACGACACAGCGUCUCUGCCCGCGGGUGCAGAUUCUCAGCAAGUGAUCAAUAUCGACCAGAUUCGGGACGCGCUACCCGAGCUGCCCAGUGCGACCCGGAAGCGGCUGGUCCAGCAAUACGGGAUGCUGCCCGAGCACAGCUUCGCACUGCUGAAUGAAGCUGGCCUGCUGCAGUUCUUCCAAAAUGUGAUGAAAGAAACUAGGGCAGAGCCAAAAAAGGUGACGAGCUGGGUCCUCAACACGCUGCUGGGCUAUUUAAAGCACCACAACCUCGCUGUGAGUGAGAGUCCCAUCACACCCUCUGCACUUGCUGGGCUUCUCGACCUGCUGGACAGUAAGGCAAUUUCUUCGUCGGCAGCUAAACAGGUGUUCGAGGAACUGUGGAAGGGUGAGGCGAAGACUGCGGCGCAGAUCGUUUCAGAGAAGCAGCUGGAACUGAUGCAGGACCAAGAGGCCCUGGAGCGGCUCUGCCAGUCCAUGAUGGAGGGGCACCCUCAAGUGGUAAUGGAUAUGAAGAAGGGAAACCCCAGAGCUAUUAAUAAACUGAUCGGGUUGGUCCGGAAGGCGACCCUAAACCGAGCAGACCCAGCUGUGAUAAAGGACACCCUCGAGAGGCUGUCGUCAUGAGGUGUGUGGGGUCCCCUGCCCAGGGAGGACAGCGGCCCGUGAAACCUGACGUCCGUGUGCCGCACAGGCUGGCGUCCCGGUCCCUGGCCUGGACACACUUUCUGUGAGUUACAGUUCACGUGUUCGGGUCCUCUGAGACCCUGUGCUUUGGGGGGCAGCCACCCACGGCCCUUUCUUCAGUGACACCGAAACCCUCCGGCCAGCUGCACCAGUGCUUAGGCGAGAGCACGUUCCGCGGGUAUUCCACAGCUGAAUAAAACACGCCUCAAACAGUGUGACCCCCCUA